GGCGUCGAACAAAAGAAAGGCGUCGGACUUACUCGAACGGAUCCUGGACAGGUCUGGGCAACACGACUAGCUUUCGUGUGACUCCAUUCUCAAGGAAAGGCUACCUGCAGACAUUGUCUACUUCUGGAGGCCGACGGAGCAGGACUACGGAUUCCUGUCGAUGUGGUACCCGUCGCCGUUCCGCGACAGCUACUUCCCGAACAAGGUGUACCCGACGGCCGAGCACUACCUGCUGCACCACAAGGCGCUGGUGUUCGGGAACCAGGCAGUCGCCGACGAGGUCCUUGAGAUCAACAGCCCGCAUGAGGCGCGACAGCUCAUAAAUGAGAAGCUUGAGAAUUUCGACCAGGCCGUGUGGGCGGAGCACCGCGAGCGCAUCGUGUACGACGCCAACUGGCACAAGUUCACGGCGCCGCACCUGCAGCGGGACAGACUUGGGCAGGCCUGCAAGGUGUGGCUAUCCAUCUCGGACGAGGCGUUGCGGCACGAGACACGGUUGAGACAGGCUCUACUGGAGACGGGUGACAGGCAGAUUGUCGAAGCGUCACCGGUUGAUUUCUUCUGGGGCAACGGGUAUUAUAUGGGGUCAUCGUGCCAGAACCGCCAGAGAUGGGGUCUCAAUCUUCUAGGGGUGAUCCUCAUGAAGGUGCGACAACGUAUCCGGGAUGAGGAGAAACUGAGAAAGGCAAUAGCGAUCGAAGAGGACAAAGACUAGGAGUCCUUGAAGGCCCGCAAGAAGGCUUCCAUUCGAUUUAAGUUAGGCUGGCGACAUCGUGUUUAAUUAGAAUUCUGGCUUAAUGGGGGGAGAGGGGUGGUUGCGAGGUAAAUAGAUC